ACUAUGGUUACCAGUGGUCGUUACCAUCCAGAUCGUGACAUUGAAAUGUACUGUGGAGAACAUGACAUGGUAUAUUGCACGAAAUGUAUUGCCACAAAUCACAGACUUGUAAGAACGUGUAGUGGAGAUGUUGUAUUUAGUUUGUUUAAUCGGUAAUAAUUGAUUGUUUCUCCAGAUCUUGCAGUGGAAUACUUAAUUUAGAAGACUUUAAUAUUUCUUCAAACCAGCAAAACGACAUUAAGAGUUUAAGUUCAGAUAUGGUUAACAUUCAAAAAGCGUUUAGAAGACACUGAACGGAAGAUGCAGACGAAUACAAGUAGCAUUGAGGAGCAAAGAAAUGAGGUCAUUGCACAGGUAGAGGCAAUUGAACAGGACUUGGUAGAAAUAUUCAGAAAUUGAAGCAUGAAGCAUUGAAAGCCCUGGAGACAGAAUAUACUUUGGUUAAAGAGGAUCUGGAAACAAAUAUCUCUCAGAUAAGUAAACUUAAACAAGAAAUUGAGAAAAACAAGUAGCCAGCUACAGACAGCCCAUAAUCUUAAUGAGAGAGAACAAUUUGUUCAGACAAAAGUGAUACAACAGACUGUAAACGAUGCAAUGAAAGUAUUUGAACAAAGCGGGGAUAAAGGUCGUGUUUGCUUACGUUUUUACAGAGAAUACAGACUUAAAGUCUUCUAUUACAACAUCAACAUGUCUAGGAAGUGUACAGAGAGUAACAGAAAAGAACAGCCUAUUGACGUCAAAAAUAUAUAAAGUAAGUUCACGGAAAGAGAUUAAUAUCAAGAUGACAAAUGACCGUAAUCAAUGUUACAUUAAUGAUAUAUGUCAGCUUGUAGACGGUACAAUCAUUCUGACUGACUAUAAUAAUAAGAGGAUAAAGAGGCUUGAUGUGAAUUAUAACAUUAAAGAUUGUUUGGAUCUAGGAACAUAUCCUACAGCAAUCUGUUGUACUGCCGGUAAUGCUGAGGUCGCUGUGAAACUUGCCACCUACAAAGUUUGUUUUAUAUCAGUAGGAAGCUCAUUAUCUAAGAUGAGAGAUAUAUCGGUUAGAGGUGGAGGUUACACAGGAAUGACAAUUUGUGCUGGACAGUUGUGGGUAUCUGAUGAAAAUGGUGUAAAUGUAUACAGUUUGACUGGUACAUUGAUAAAGUCUAUGAGAAAUGAUGUCAAUGGUCAACGCAUAUUAAAAUCAUAUGCACAACAAAUGGCUGUCAGUGGAGAUACUGUUAUUGUAACUGAUAAUAGUGAUGGUGCUGUCAGUCUGAACAGAGAUGGUACGGUGAAAAGAGAACCGAGAGAUAAAAGACUUAAGAACACACGUGGUGUAUGUGUAGCCAAUGACGGGACGGUGUUUAUUUCUGGUUUUAGUUCACACAACAUCAUGAUGUUUGAUAGAGAUGGUAAAUGUCUGGGCGAAUUAGUUGAUAAUAAAGGUUGUCUUAAGAAUCCAUUAGCUAUGUGCUAUGACAAAAAGAAAAACUGUGUAUUAGUUGCUUCCUAUUCGGAAACAAAUUAGUUGUUUUGAAUAUCUCUCAUUAAACAAAGAAAAAAAACAAAGAAUUUAGCAAUACAAAAUGUACUCUUUACUGCAUGAAAUUGAUUCAUUUUUCCAUAUCAGCUAAUACAAUAUGAUAAAAAAAAUUGUGUACAUCAAUUUAUUAUAAAUCUAAGAAAUAUAUCAGUCUGGUGUGUUAUAUUGUAGAACUUGCUUAAUACAUCAAUAUAUAAAGACACAAGUCAUGUAGAUAAUCUAACAUAAAUGUAAUAGAGAAAAUGAUUACGCGACAUUCAAUUGUUUUUGUUUUAACGACUUAGGAAUAUGAUAGUGAAGAAUAGAAAAAUGUGACAAGGUACUUGUAAAAUGUCAACUUUUAAAAUAAUAGAUGUGUAUUAUAACUUUUCUAAUUGUAUAGCGGAAAUAUGUUCAUUGUAGCUUUUUAAGUGAAUUGUUUUUUUUUUUUAUAGAGGACAAGUCUUUUAAAUCUGCAAUAGAUUGAUUAUGUAUAUUUUAUUAUGAAGUACUGAUGUGUAAAUAUAUGUAUAUAUUUGAGACUGAAAUAAAUAUAUCAAAAAUUAACUUUUUUUAGCACCUGCACCUAUGGCAAUAGCCAAUAGGUGUCUUUUCCCAUUGAGCGAGAAACUUUAGACAAAUUGCUUACCUGUAGUAGUGGUUGAAUAAGAGAGUUUGUCUAUAAGCUUAUAGCUAUUUAAAUAAUCAAGCUAUAAUACUUUCUGUAUAAAUAAAUAAAGGCAAUAAUUUUAUAAAAACAUGAAUACUGGGCCUUGGUUAUUCAGCAGAAACACACAUGUCUAUUAACGAAAUGUACAUUUACCCAAUUUUUAGAAGUGGGUGUUUUGAUACUAAAAAAAAUAGAAAUUAAAACUUAAUUUUAUCAUUUUUUAUUUUCAUUCAAUAGUAAGGAUAAACAAAUUAUUUUGUGAGUUAGAAAAAAAACACUCACAAAGCUAUGAGAUGACUAUCAGUCUAACAUUCAUUUGAUUUUAUUUGAUCUUAGCACAAAAUAUAUAUGCAUGUACCCAAAGAAUUGAAUCAGUAUAAAUUUAUGUAAUCACAAAAUCAAAUAUACAUUUGAAAUUAAUACACCAUAUUUUAUACUGUUAUAUAGUAUGAUUUUAACAUUUACAUUGUCAAUUUACAUAACCAUAGGCUUAUUUUUUCACAAAUGAUUGAUUAAGUAAUGAUAACAGGUUUUAUUAUAAUACUUUUAAAUGAAAUAUUGAUGAAAUAAAAUGCGUUUAAUUCCAGACUACUUUCUUCUUAUUUCAGGCGGUACACAACAUUAAAGGAGAAACCUUUUGAAUUGUAAGGUCAUAAAAGUAAAUGAUAAUUAAAUAAACAGAAAAUUUCCUGAAAAUUUUCUACAAGCAAGGCUUUAUUUUCAUCAACUAUACAUUCACUUAUAAAAUAUUAAUUUUAUUUUCAUAUCUCUCGAUGAAAAUAUAUCAUAUUUUCAUAGAAACUAGAACUCUGCGAGUUGUAUUUGUUGCCUUGUCAACAGUAUAGCUGUCAGUUAGGCAUUUUCUCUUAAAUAGAGGUUAUUUAUAAACACUGCUCUUGCGA